AGCUGACUUUUAUAAAUAUCAACAACCAUCCCAGGGGCCUUUGAAUUGGGGUCAACAACAAGCCAACCUGUACUCAGAAGACCAUCUUAUGGAAAGUCAACACACCCAAGAUGAGGAAACUGAAGCUUAGAAAGAGGAUCAGUUACUUCCCCAAGGCAACACAGCUAGGUAUUCUUAGUAGGGUGACAGAAUCUGUUAAAAAUAUUGUGCCAGGAUGGCUACAAAGAUACUUCAACAAGACUGAAGAAGUGUGUAGCUGCUCAACAGACACAAGAGAGGUUCCACAGUGGCCAGAAAAUAGAGAGGAUGACCAUCUGAUAUAUGCUGAUGAGGAGAGCUCUAAUAUUCAUGAUGGAAGAAUCACUCCUGAGCCAACAGUCAGUAAUGCAGAAGAACCCUCAACAACUAGUACUGCUUCAAAUUAUCCAGAUGUAUUAACAAGGCCUUCUCUUCAUCGGAGCCAUCUGAAUUUCUCCAUUUUGGAAUCUCCUGCAUUACAUUGUCAGCCUUCCACAUCCUCAACAUUUCCAAUUGGCAGUUCUGGAUUUUCCCUUACAAAAGAAAUUAAAGAUUCUACCUCUCAGCAUGAUGAUGAUAACAUCUCAACUACCAGUGGUUUUUCUUCAAGAGCUUCUGAUAAAGAUAUAGCUGUUUCAAAGAAUACUUCAGUGCCACCUCUGUGGUCCCCAGAGGCUGAACGUUCUCAUUCACUCUCACAGCACACUGCCACCAGCUCAAAGAAACCAGCAUUCAACUUGUCUGCCUUUGGGACACUUUCCCCUUCACUUGGAAAUUCCUCAAUCCUUAAAACAAGUCAGCUUGGAGAUUCUCCUUUUUAUCCUGGAAAAACAACGUAUGGUGGAGCAGCAGCUGCUGUAAGACAGCCUAAACUACGAAACACACCUUAUCAGGCACCAGUCAGAAGACAGAUGAAAGCUAAGCAACUCAGUGCACAAUCCUAUGGUGUGACUAGUUCAACAGCUCGGCGAAUAUUGCUGUCUCUAGAGAAGAUGUCAAGCCCUCUAGCGGAUGCAAAAAGAAUUCCAUCUGUCGCUUCUUCUCCCCUGAAUUCUCCUCUUGAUAGGAGUGGACUAGGUACCACCACAGAUUUUCAGGCCAAAAGGGAAAAGGUGGACUCUCAGUAUCCCCCUGUUCAGAGACUCAUGACCCCAAAGCCAGUGUCCAUAGCAGCAAAUCGAACUGUUUAUUUUAAACCAUCUCUGACCCCAUCUGGUGAAUUAAGGAAGACUAAUCAAAGAAUAGAUAAAAAGCACAGUACUGGAUAUGAAAAAAAUAUGACAUCAGGGCAAAAUCGAGAACAACGAGAAAGUGGCUUUUCUUAUCCAAAUUUUAGCAUGUCUGCUGCCAAUGGUUUAUCUUCUGGAGUAGGUAGUGGAGGUGGCAAGAUGAGAAGAGAGAGAACACGCCUUGUUGCAUCUAAACCUCCAGAAGAGGAGGAAAUGGAAGUACCAGUAUUACCGAAAAUCUCUCUACCCAUCACCAGUUCUUCACUGCCUACCUUCAAUUUUAGUUCCUCUGUGAUUACAACUUCUUCUCCAUCACCUGUCAGUCCUUCACAAUCAUUAACAAACAAGGUACAGAUGACCUCUCCAAACAGCACUGGCAGUCCCAUGUUUAGAUUUUCAUCUCCAAUUGUAAAAUCUACUGAGGCAGAUGUACUACCUCCAUCAUCUAUUGGAUUUACAUUUAGUGUGCCUGUUGCAAAAACAGCAGAACUUUCUGGCUCUAGUAGUAUUUCAGAACCAACUAGAAGUAGUUUGGGUCAAGACAUCACCGUAGUUAACAGUGCAAACUGUAAGAAGAGUCCAGAUGAAGAUUGUUAUGGCCCUUUUAGACCUGCAAAAAUCCUUAAAGAAGGAAGUGUCCUAGACAUUCUGAAAAACCCUGGUUUUGUAUCACCGAAGACAGAUUCUCACCCAACAACUUCAAGCCCAGUAGUUUAUACAAGACCAGCAAUAAGUAACUUUUCUUCUAGUGGAAUUGGAUUUGGAGAAAGUUUAAAAGCUGGGUCAUUGUGGCAGUGUCAUGUCUGUCUAGUCCAGAACAAAGUCACAGACAAUAAGUGUGCAGCCUGCCAAGCGACAAAAUUGCCAGCAAAAGAUACUGCUAAACAGACUGGAAUUGGGACACCAAGUAAAAGUGGCAAACCAACUCUUUCUGCAUCAGGGACAGGCUUUGGAGACAAAUUUAAACCAGCAGUAGGAACUUGGGAUUGUGAUACCUGUUUAGUACAAAAUAAACCCGAAGCGAUAAAAUGUGUAGCUUGUGAAACACCGAAACCUGGAACUGGUGUUAAGCGAGUCCUUACAUUGCCAGUGGCUUCAGAAAGUGCUGUCACUGUGGCCACUUCAUCUUCCAGCUGCACUGUGACCACUGGUACCUUAGGAUUUGGCGAUAAAUUCAAAAGGCCAGUGGGAUCUUGGGAGUGCCCAGUGUGCUGUGUUUGUAACAAAGCCGAAGACAAUAAAUGUGUGUCCUGUAUGUCUGAGAAACCAGGAAGUUCAGUGCCUGCUUCUAGUAGCAGCACUGUCCCUGUAUCUCUGUCUUCUGGAGGCAGCCUAGGAUUGGACAUGUUCAAGAAACCUGAGGGAAGUUGGGACUGUGAAGUGUGCCUAGUGCAGAAUAAAGUAGAUUCCACGAAAUGCGUAGCAUGUGAAAGUGAAAAACCAGGCACAAAAUCAGAGUUUAAAGGCUUUGGCACAGCUUCCUCAUCUUCGAACCCAGCAGCGUCAUCCUUCAAAUUUGGUAUCCCGUCACCCUCUCAGACUUUAACAAACACUGGAAAUUUUAAAUUUGGAGAUCAGGGAGGCUUCAAAAUAGACGUGACAUCAGAUUCUGGGUCUAAUCCCAUGAGUGAAGGCUUUAAAUUUUCUAAACCAAUAGGCGAUCUUAAAUUUGGGGUUUCGUCUGAGUCUAAACCUGAAGAAGUUAAAAAAGACAGUAAGAAUGAUAAUAAUUUUAAGUUUGGACUUUCUGCUGGCUUAAACAGUUCAGCUUCUUUAACUCCUUUUCAGUUUGGGGUGUCUAAUCUUGGACAGCAGGAAAAGAAAGAGGGACUGUCUAAAUCUUCAUCCGCUGGUUUUAGCUUUGGUACAGGUGUUAUUAACCCCACUCCUGCUGCUACUCACACCACAGUGACCUCUGUGACUUCUGAGAAUAAGAGCAGCUUCAGCUUUGGAACUGUAGAAACCAAGAGUGUCUCAGUGGCUCCUUUUACUUGUAAGACAUCGGAAGCAAAGAAAGAGGAAAUCCCUGCCACCAAAGGAGGGUUCAGUUUUGGCAAUAUGGAACCUACCCCGCUGCCAUCUGCCUCAAUGUUCACUUUGGGAAGGACAGAAGAGAAACAGCAAGAGCCCGUCACUUCCACUUCUCUAGUGUUUGGGAAGAAAACUGACAGUGAAGAGCCAAAGUGUCAAACGGUGUUUUCCUUUGGGAAUUCAGAACAAACCAAAGAUGAGAGUUCUUCAAAGUCGACCUUUAGUUUCAGUGUGGCGAAACCAUCUGAGAAGGAAUCUGAGCAGCAGCCAGCAAAACCCACUUUUGCUUUUGGAGCUCAAACCAGUACUACAGCUGAUCAAGGUGCAGCAAAGCCAGUUUUUAGUUUCUUGAACAAUAAUUCCUCUAGUUCAAGUACUCCAGCUACUUCAGCUGGUAGUGGAAUAUUUGGUAGCUCCACCUCUUCCUCCAGUGCACCUGUGACUGCCUUUGUGUUUGGACAGGCCAGCAAUCCUGUGAGCAGCUCUGCCUUCGGGAACUCUGCUGAGUGCAGUACAUCUCAGUCCUUGUUGUUUUCUCAAGAGAGCAAACCAGCAACCACAUCCAGCACGGGUACAGCUGUGACCCCAUUUGUCUUUGGGCCAGGAGCCAACAGUAAUAAUACUGCAACUUCUGGCUUCAGCUUUGGAGCUACCACCACGUCUAGCUCCUCAGGAUCCUCCUUUGUAUUUGGCACUGCACCGUCAGCACCAUCUGCCAGUCCAGCAUUUGGUACUAACCAAACGCCAACAUUUGGACAGAGUCAAGGUGCCAGCCAACCUAAUCCCCAAGGCUUUGGGCCUAUAUCAUCGACAGCAGCAUUAUUUUCUGCUGGUUCUCAGCCCCCACCGCCUACUUUCGGGGCCGUGUCGAGCAGCAGCCAGCCUCCUGUGUUUGGACAGCAGCCUGGUCAGUCUGCGUUUGGCUCUGGGACAGCUCCGAAUUCCAGUUCAGUUUUCCAGUUUGGCAGCAGCAGUACAAAUUUCAACUUCACCAACAACAAUCCAUCAGGAGUAUUCACAUUUGGUGCAAAUCCUAGCACGCCUGCAGCCUCAGCCCAGCCUUCCAGCUCAGGGGGGUUUCCAUUUAACCAGUCCUCAGCAGCAUUUACAGUGGGGUCAAAUGGGAAAAACAUGUUUUCUUCUUCUGGAACUUCGGUUUCUGGUCGCAAAAUAAAGACUGCUGUUAGGCGCAGGAAAUAAAGGUCACAAUGGUGUUAAACCCAACGGUUUUCACAACAGCUGGUGCCCUGCUUUCACAUACUGGAUUGUACUACGUGCUGGGGGAUCUGCCUAAGGACUUCUUUAAUUUGGAAUUUGCUUUCUUUACAAAAACCCCACCCUCACCUCUCCCGCUCCCUUUUAAAAAAAAUACUAGCUAGACUGGUGACUGAUUCUUCAGCAAAAAUAUUUUAUGAUCCAGCAAAUUAUUUACUGAUUUGGCAUAGGCUGGCUGAACCCAGGAAUAUAGAGUCUGCUCGGCGAAUGGCUUUGUAUAGCACCUCUUCGUCUGCACCAUUACGUGCGUUGAUGACGCGUUUAUGGAGCGCAUAGAAAUUGUAAUUAUAUCCGAGGAAUUCUGUAUAGAUUAGAGGAUGUUGAAAUGAAUGAUUUCUAUGCUGAGUUUGUGCCGGUGUAUGUGUGAAGUGAGUGAGUUGGGUGUGUUGUGCACUAAAAUUUUCUGAUAGAGGAAGCCUGAUUAAAGAGUGGUCCAUGCUAAAGGACUCGUUAGAUCUAGUUCAUUCUCCAUUUAAUAAUUAUAUGCUAUUUCUAUAUUUUCAUUCUUCUAUCACCUGUCUUGCCUUUUUCAUUAUUUUAUUAUGAAACUCGUGUAAAUACAAUUUUGUUUCCGUACUUCUUUGGCAUAACAUAAAUCUGUGAACUUGAAAUUUUGUGUUAGAAAUUUUUUUGUUGUUUGUUUAGUCUUGUCUCAGAUUUUAUUAUGUAAAUCCCAUUAUUCAAAGUUGCCUAAAUCCAUUUGGAAAUCUUUAAAAAAAAUUGGGGAUUCUUAAAAUGAAUUUAUUGGCUUUUCUGAUCCAUUUUUGUUUGGACCAAAAACCAGUAUUGUACAAAGUAUUAAGCAUAUAUUUUUAUAUUUACUGAAAUGGACUGUGGUGACUUUGGAUAAUAAGGAAAAGUUUAAUAUUAAAGCCAUGUUUAUUACAGUAUAAUUAACAUGUUAAACCAUGGGAUAAAUGCCAUCAAUAAAAAAUUAUGAAAUA